UACUCCAGUGCCUGCCUUUGGAAGGCGAAGAAGGGGCAGACUGGGAAGAGCGGGAGGACAGUUCCCAAGAAGAUCCGAAAGAAAGCGUCACCCUGGCUUUCGUGAGCGAGAAUGCUGGGGGGCAAGAGGGGCUUCAGAACGCUCAGCAGCAAGGCAAGAAGAGGAAGAAAAAGAGAUGAUUGGUGAUCAAUCUCUCCACCUGCCGGUAUGAGAGCGUGCGCAGGGCCGCCCAGCGGUAUGGCCUUCGAGAAGGAGGGGAGACCAAUGACUGGACUCUCUACUGGACGGACUACUCGGUGUCGCUGGAGAGGGUGAUGGAAAUGAAAAGUUACCAGAAAAUCAAUCACUUCCCAGGGAUGAGUGAAAUCUGCCGCAAGGACUUGCUGGCCAGGAAUAUGAGCCGUAUGUUGAAGCUGUUCCCUAAGGAUUUCCACUUUUUCCCUAGGACCUGGUGUCUUCCUGCCGACUGGGGAGAUUUGCAGAACUACAGCAGGUCAAGAAAAAAUAAGACAUUCAUUUGUAAGCCCGAUUCGGGCAGUCAAGGGAGAGGUAUAUUCAUUACCCGGACGGUGAAAGACAUCAAGCCAGGCGAGGAUAUGAUCUGUCAACUCUAUAUUUCAAAGCCCUUUAUCAUUGAUGGGUUCAAGUUCGACCUGCGGAUUUAUGUGCUGAUGACCUCCUGUGACCCUCUCAGGAUUUUUGUGUAUAACGAAGGACUAGCACGCUUCGCCACCACCUCCUACUGCCACCCCAGCCCAGACAACGUGGAUGAUAUCUGCAUGCACCUGACUAAUUAUUCCAUUAAUAAGCACAGUUCCAAUUUCAUUCAAGAUGCUCACACUGGAAGCAAGAGGAAGCUCUCCACCUUCAACGUGUACAUGGAGACCCAUGGCUACAACAUGGAGCAGAUCUGGAGAGACAUGGAGGACAUCAUCAUCAAGACGAUCAUCUCCGCCCACCCCAUCAUCAAGCAUAACUACCACACCUGCUUCCCCAACCACACCCUCAACAGCGCCUGCUUUGAAAUCCUGGGCUUUGACAUUUUGUUGGACCACAAACUCAAGCCCUGGCUGCUGGAGGUUAACCACUCUCCGAGCUUCUCCACCGACUCCUGGCUAGAUAAAGAGGUGAAAGACAGUCUGCUAUAUGACACCUUGGUCCUGAUCAACCUCGGAAACUGUGACAAAAAGAAAGUCUUGGAGGAGGAGAGACAACGGGGGCGAUUCCGGCAGCACUGUCGUUCUCGAGAGACCAGGAUGGAGGAAGUCAAGGGUUUCCAGGCUAAGCAGUUGGAGAAAACUGAGAAGUACGAGCAGGAGAAUCGUGGGGGGUUCCGCCUGAUUUAUCCUACUCUGAAUUCGGCGAAGUAUGAGAAGUUUUUCCAGGACAACAUCUCCCUCUUCCAGAAUACUAUUACCUCCAGGGCUCGGGAGGAGUAUGCCCGGCAGCUGAUCCAGGACCUGAGGCUGAAGCAGGAGAAAAAGUCCUUCCCAGUGAAGGAGAAGAAGGUGGAGAUGCAGGGGGAGUCGGCCGGCGAGCAAGCGAGAGGCAGGAGGACGAGAAGCUGCCAUCAGAAGCCCCAGCAGACGCCCCAGGCCGCCACCUUUACCUUCAAACAACAUCUCCAGCCAAUGACACUGGUAUCCUGCACACCGGACUUCUUCCUGAGUGUCAGAGAUGCAAAGACAAAUGAGACAGACAGCAGCCUCGACCCGGAAGAGGCCAGCCCUCCUCCUUGCAAGCCUGUAGCUGCAAGGCGUUACACAUCUGUACCUGACCUGAGCCACUCGAAUCUUCUCAGCUGCCCGGGGCUGGAGCUCAGUCAACCCAUCUCCAGAAUCGAGGAAGUCAAAUCUGCCUCUGUGGUGAACAUAUUUCCCAGCACAGGGCCCUUAGCCUCCAUAGAAACGUGCCCAGCUCCUGCCACUCAGGUCUCAGACUCCCCAGAGCCUCUGCCUGGUGGGACUGGGACAACCAGCUCUGGCUGCGGUAGCCCCAAGAUGAACAAGAUGGUCUUUAAAUACAAGGUGCAUCACUUCCCGCAAGACCUCAUCCAGGGGAAAAUAUCCAAAAUUUGCCUUCCAGCAAAAUCCCAGAGCUUCUCACGAGGUCUGAAGCCAAGCUGGUCGGCGCUGGAGAAUGAGACUCAGAAGAAGCCCCUGCUGUCGGAGCUCUUCACCAAAGUCCCACUGCGGGAGAAGCUCUCCCUGUUCCCAGCUUGCUACAGCCCAAAGCUGGGGCCGAGUCACAAGUCACAAAACCGCUGCCUGCCCUGGGAGUGCUGCUUCAGCAGCCGAAGCUCUGGCAAGAAGAGGCAGCUGCGUCUGUCCUCCCUCCUGCUCCUGCACAGUCCUCCCAGCCACGAAAUGACCCUCAGCGACCUGCUGGUGGUCGCCACCCCAGCCCGACUGGAUCCGAGGCCUGGCAAGAGCCACAGCAGCACCGCAAGAGACCCAUGUCAGGAAGCCUACAGCCGCAACCUGGUCUCUGGCCAAAAAGGAUGUGAGAGGGACUAGGUGGGUCUACCUGUAUUCCCUUCAUGGGCUUGUUUCCCUGGCAAGCACCGCAGGUGUGUAUUUCUGGAACAUCAGGGAGGUAGGAGGGUGCCUGGAUUGAUAAAAGACAUCCAGGUAAGUAAACAGUUCAGACGGACCUCAAUCAAAAUGUGCCCCCCUCCCAGCCCCUUGCAAUGUGUGAUUCUGCUAUGACCUCCCUCCCUCCUCCUA